AAAACACACAGAGAGAGAAAGAGAGAGAGAUCUGUUCGGUUAUUUCAUAGAUUUGAAUCAGAAUGUCUGGAGGCGAUGGAAACAACGGUGGAGGGAGACGCAAAGGCACGGUGAAGUGGUUCGACACCCAGAAGGGGUUCGGUUUCAUCACACCUGACGACAAUGGUGAAGAUCUCUUCGUUCACCAGUCCUCCAUCAGAUCUGAGGGUUACCGUAGCCUUGCUCCUGACGAAUCCGUCGAGUUCGAGGUUGAGGUCGACAGCAGCGGACGCAACAAGGCCAUCGAAGUCUCUGGACCCGACGGCGCUCCCGUUCUUGGAAACAGCGGCGGUUCAUCUGGUGGUCGUGGUGGCUUCGGCGGUGGUGGAAGAGGAGGGGGACGUGGUGGUGGUGGACGGGGAGGUUAUGGUGGUGACAGUUACGGAGGGGGAGGUUAUGGUGGCGGUGGUGGCGGUUACGGAGGAGGAGGUUAUGGUGGUGGUGGCCGUGGAGGCGGUGGUGGUGAUGGGGGUUGUUACAAGUGCGGAGAACAAGGUCACAUGGCGAGAGACUGUUCCCAAGGUGGUGGUUAUGGAGGAGGAGGUGGCUACGGAGGAGGUGGUGGCGGCGGCGGCAGGUUUGGCGGUGGAGGAGGCGGAGGGAGUUGCUACAGCUGUGGGGAGUCGGGUCACUUUGCGAGGGACUGCACAAGCGGCGGACGUUGAAGCAAGACAAGUUCAAGGCGGCUUGUAGAAGGGUAGAUCAGUCAUCUCGCCGCCUGCUAUCCCAAAUAUUAACUAUCUAUCUUUAUCUUUGGUGUUUUUAAUCAUUUGUGUUCGGAUUAUUAGGGCUUUGUGGUUAUGGUACUUUGUGAUGCGUAAGGAUCUGGAUUCGUAUUUGCAUGUUUUAAGAAACGUUUGCUCAUAGAUCUACUCUCGCUCUUUAUUCCAAGUGUUCCAGUUUUUUAUUUAUUUAAAGCUGUUACUGAAGUAUUUGGUUAAAAAAAAGGGUAUUAGAGCAACUCCAAUGGUGGGUA